UCUUCGGUAUAUCCAGUUGUUCUAGUCCUACCUAAACAUACUUAAAAGAUUUCCAAUAACUGAAUCCCGUAUCAAGUGUUACUUCUGUUGUUUCACUUGGCCACAAUUCCUUCCUAGUUGAGCAUUUUAACCUUGUAAUUGUAGUUUAAGAAUUUACAGUCCAUAUGAAAUGUUUUAAAUAUGUUAAACAAAAAUACCAACUUAAACUGGAAGCCAAAAGUAAAUUUAUCAGUUAUCUAAGAUUUAUAACCCGAUUUCUCCCUCUCCCAGGGGAGCUUCCCUCAAGGGAAAGAGGGAUUGAGCCCUCUCUUUAGUCUUUGGGAAAAUGGAUGAUUCUGAACAUCUUGGCACUUUUUAAAUUUUUUUUUUUUCAGCAAGUAUAAAGUUGGUCUCUUCUUGUGCGGUUGCAGCCUCCGCACUGGGGACUGGUCCUCCCUGGUUGGCAUGAGCUCCUGUUGAGCCAGAGCUGCUGGUUGGGGUGCUGGGGAUUAUAGGCUGGGGUAGGGACUCCAGAGGGUCCCAUGUGGAAGAGGGGACCAGAGAUGAGUCCUUUUGUUUCUUAUUAAGUCUCCUGGGCUUUUAGGGAGAAGAGAACCAUUGAUCCUUGUUGCCAGCACAGGAAGUAACCUAUCUCCCCUUGAGUCCCCAGUCUUUAUCAUUAAUCAACAAUUGAUAUACCCAGUCCUCCUCUGACCCAAACUUUGGUGAGAAGGUGGAUAAGGGGGGGGGGGGGGUCGUGGCCAAAUGAAACAACAAUAUUUUAUCAUCUGAGCUUUCUUUUUGUUUUUUGUCUGUGAGUUGUCCUUGGUCCUUAACAUCAGUCUGAGGGGACUAUGGAGUAUUUUGUUCCCUGAGCCCCUUGAUUUUCUAAACUGUCCUGACUGGGGGGCACAUUUAUUUUUCAUUGUGUUUGUCCCAAAGCCUGAGGCUCAAUCUCCAAUGUAUGCAGAGGUAUCUUGCUGUAGGUUAUUUUUGAUUUCACUCAAAAUCAUCUUGCCCUCACCCAAAGUUGCUGAUCUCGCCUGAGGCCAUCCUGAUCUCCCCACAAGGUUUUCCUGGGACAGGAAUAGAAUAACCCGACCACCAAAGCAAUACUCAGUCGUCCCUGUGACUUUUCUUAACUUGGUUCAUGCACAAAGUUGCCUGGUCAUUGUUCCCUCCCUUUGGUCCCUUUUUUCAUUGUCAAGAAAUCUUUAUUGGGUCCUCAGUCCAUGGACAUAGGUUCUCAUCCCAGAGGCCACUGCAACUAGGCUGUGGGAUGCAUCUCUCCUUGAUGGCACCAAUAGGCCGGGGCCCCAGGUUGGGCAUCAAAAAUUGUUGGAAAUGAGCCCCCAAACUCAAUUUGUUGAUCCAGAUGAUAAAGCACUCAGACAUCAAGAAAUCUCACCAAGGCUUUCACUUUUGCAAAAGGGUGCAAGCCCACCCCAGCAGUGAAGUAGCAGGUAUGGAGGACAAAGGAGGGUUGUCCCCUUUACCCCUAAUGCAGGAGGAGCAGCUGACCUCUUUCCCAUUGGCUGGUUUGGAGGUUCACACUCUAUCCUGAUUGGCUAACUCAGACAGCACAAGGGGAAUCUGAGGGGUUGCUGAGGAGAAGGGAGAGUAGAGCAGAGGGGAUGUGGAGACCAGAAAAUCCUUGGCCUGUGAUAAGCUGUCUUUGGUUUGUAGCUGUGUUCCUGGGAUUAGAACUGAGCAGGCAUUUUCUGCAACUUGGUGUGUUCAGGAAGGGCUAUCUGGGGUGGGCUGGAGCCCAGGAUGGAGUCACUCCUGUUUGAUAGAAAAGACAGAACUUACUGUUUCCCAUACUUUUAAAUUAACUAAAUUAAGGGUUUAGUUCUGGAUCCACCAAGCCUGUCCUAGACAGCAAGGCCCCCAGGGAUGUCUGAGUCCCUCCCCUAAUAGCUCCGGGCACACAGAGGAAACAGUCAAGACCUCAGGGAAACCAUGACCACACCCAUUGAGCCUCUGAAGAUACCCAGACUCUGACAUCAGAAAUCACUUUGUGUUAUUUGUUUUAUUGUAAUUUCUCCCCCUCCCCCAGCCUUUGUAUGUUUUGGUUUGGUUCAUUUAAAUUGGCUCAAUAAAUCGUUUUGUUUGCUAGCAGAAUUCCCAAAGGAGAACAUUCAAAUCUGCACACAGGAGAUUGCCUCCAGGCUUAGCCGUCCAAGUGCCAGGGACUUGGGAUGUUUACUCCCUCUGGACAUUGGAGCAGGCCCCGCCUGGGGUGGUCUACAGCUCACCUGUGACCCACAGAGGGGCAUGGAAUUUAGAAUUUGGAAUGGGAUGAGCAUCAGUCUUCAUAGUUAACAGAGUAGCUGUUGUGGAUGUGGGCUGCUGCCUUCUGAGGCAUUAAUUGAGCUCAGCCACUUCCGUGUUACGAAGUCGCAUCAGGCCCUCCAUGGCUCAGGUGAAUGGAAGCCCUGGCUCCACGGCCCAUCAGGGCUGCCCUGGCACGGCCACUUCAUCUGCCUCCACAGCCUCUCCAUAGGUAAGAAUUCCAGCUCUCCUCUCUCACCUCGAGGGGUGUGCUGAGCCUCACAGCUGCAGUCCCUGUCUUCCAAGAUGGACAGCAUCAGCUAGCAGCACAUGUUCUCGGGCAGCAUGGGUGACAUCAAGAGUAACCAGGAGCUCUACCAGGAGUACCUGGCCAUGGCCCCCAAGCUGCUGGCCCACAUCUCCAAGCUCCUCGCCCUCUGCCACCAUUCAGGCAUCACUGUGCCCAAGGGCAUCAGAAACAUCUUCGAGUUCACCUGGGCGGAGCUCAUCGCCAACCCUAUGGUGCCCACUGGGUCCAACAUCCCAGGCUUGGAGGUCAACUUCGGAGUGCCCCUGCUGGUGCAGGUGGAGUCCACCCCAGCGCAGGCCCAAAGGAAGCUGCCCCAGACCCCAACACCACAGCCACCGGCGCCCACCGGCGCCAGGGCAGCCCGGAGCUCGGUUGUACCUGCCCACCAGGCGCCAGCCAGGCAGGAGACACUGCACAGGUUCCAGCAGCAGUCGGUGCACCUGGUGACGGAGCUGUUUGCCCUGAAGAUGAGGGUCAUGGUGGAGGCCGCAUCUGGUGCUAACCCCAUGGACAUCAGCCGGCGCUUCAUGGAGGUCAGCCAGCUCCUGCACCUCAGGGCCAAGACGGUGGCCCUUGACUGUCUGAUGGGCACUGCGGGGAGGAGCAGCUACUUUGUGGAGGACACGGGGAAAGAGUCCUCCAUUGACAUCUCAGCCAUUGGCGUGAACUCACCUUACCAGCUGAUCUACCAGUCUUCCACAGCUUGCCUGAGCUUCUCCCUGUCCACAGGAAAGGAAGUCAAGAAGAAACCAGGUAAAUCAAAGAUGCUGGAAGACAUGUUCAGCAGGUCGCCUUCCCUCCGAGCAGUGGGCCCCUCUUCCGACAAUGCCACAGAGUUCACUGACCCGUGCCCUGAGGCCCGGGAGAAGCUGCGGGAGAUGUGUCGCCACAUAGAAGCCGAGAAGGCCCUGUGGAAAGGGAGGAAUGUCUUCUACCCCAUGAUCCUGCGCAACUACAAAGCAACCCCCUCUCAGCCAGUGUCAGCAGCCAGGGGGGACUCACAGGGCCUGAGUGCCCACGCAAGUGCCCACACGGCAGGGGCACUGACAUCCACACCCAGCCCUCACUAGCUCUCCAUCCAGCCGAGCCGGCACUCACAGGACUGGAAGGCCCCCAGGAAGCCCACCAAGCUGCACUACACCUUCUACGAUGGCUCCUCCUUCGUCUACUUGACUACUGCUGCCAGCUAUCCCUCUGGAAACAUUGCUGUAUGUCAGAUCCCCACAUGCUGCAGAGGGAGAGCCAUCACUUGCCUGUUUAACGACACACCUAACUACUCCUUCCUGGCCCUGUUCAAUGCUGAAGGCCAGGGCUGUGUUCACUACAACCUAAAGACAUACUGCCCCUACGUCUUGGUCUUGGAUGAGGAAGGUGGGACCACCAACGACCACAAGGGCUUUGUGGUUCACAAGUGGAGCUGGACAUCUAAGACGGAGACUCUACUCUCCUACAAGCGUGGUUUCUCCACCCAAAAAGUAAAUGAACAGCUGAAGCUCAAGGUGCUGGGACAGGACUCCAUUGUGGUCACCUUCACAUCCUUGAAUGAGACAGUGACGCUCACUGUGUCAGCCAGAAAUUGUCCCCAUGGGAUGGCACACGAAAAGCGGGUGGCCCACAGAAUCAGCACUGAUGACAAGGUGUCCAAGAUGAGCCGCACCCUGGCUGAGAUCAAGAAGCGGUUCCAGAAGACAGCGUCUCAGUUCAUGAACUCCGUGCUGCUGGCAGCAGGUCUCUUCACUAUAGAGUAUCCCACUGUGCGGGAGGAGGCUGAAUUUGCCCAGGCCAGGCUGAGACCUGGCACCACAGCUGAGCGCACCCCAAAGCUGAGCUUGCACCCCAGGGAACCCCUUCCCCACUUCCAGUCGGGCCAACCGGGCUCUGUGAUGGAGGACUCUGUCCCUGAGCAGGCUGUGUCUGUGCCCACCAGCCCCAUCCAGAAGAAGACGCUCAGAGUCCAUGCCAAAGCCACAGCCACCUCCAGGGGGAAGACCCCUGAGGCACACAGCCCCCUGCAGUGGGUGGCUGCACCCUCUGAAUGUCCGCUGGUGCUGCGCAAACUGCUGCGCAGGGAGGACCUGUGCCCGGGCUGCAGGUGCGUGGUGAAGGUGCCACUGGUGUCCGAUCUGGAGUUGGAGUACUUCCUGUCGACACCCCGCAACCCCAGCCAGGUGCUGGUGUUCGGGAUCUUCUCAAGCCAGACCCCAAUGGGUACCACACAGCUGCAGUGGCUGCUGGACAUGCUCUACAGGCACGGGCAGCAGGGCCACGGCUCACUCUGCAUCCAGUGCCAGCACGACCCAUACCGCCUGCUGCAGUAUGACCUGGACAGCCCCCUGCAGCGCCACCCACCCCUGCUGGUGACCAAGUUCACUGUGGCGCUGGGGAUGGUCCUGAUGUUCGCUAGGGGGAAGCUGCUCUUGGGAGGCUGUGUUUUGAAUGGGUACGGCCUCAGCAAGCAGAAUCUGCUGAAACAGAUCUUGCAGGCAAGACAGGAUUGCAAAAUGGGCUACUUCCUGCCAGACAACUACAAAUUCAGGGUCCAAGCCCCCACCCUAACCCUGGAGGAUUCUUAUACUACCAAGGCAGCAGUAUCCAGAGACCUGGAAGGCAGCUUCUCGAUGGCCCUGGGGGUCAGGGUGCAGAAGGAUAGCUCUCCCCAGGCUGAGAAGAAGUUGCAGGAGCCCGAAAUGGACCUGAAUCUCAGCAGAGACAGGUGGGGCAGCAAGAAAUUGGCCACCUUGAAGAAAGGGGCCAUGAAGAAAUGAUGCCAGCUGAUGCCUGCCACCCUGGCCUGCCAUCCCCAGGGUCCCCCGGAAUAAAUGAGCUGCCUUCAGCACCUGGCUGAGGCCUGAAGCACUGCACCCCAUGGUGCUGUUGUGGGCGAGUCCUUGGAAACUGUUCCCCAACCCAGGACUCCUGGGUGGCCAGUUGUGAUGGGGCCAGGGAUUCUUUACUCAAGGAA